UGAUUCUUCCGAGACUGAUGAUGACGGGGGACGACCAGACCAGUCUCAGUUCCUCCCGGACGUGUGCGAUAUGGCAAUGCAAUUGUUCUACGGUCUACAACAUACACAAGACAAGUCCAAUGGAUUCUCCAGCUGUGAUCAUUCAUCUAUUUAUUGCAGGUCUCGUUGUACUGUACUCCCCAAUUUGUCUCGACUCUUGGAUCAGUUACUUGGUAGUAGUACAUCGGCGCCGCUGAGAUUGAUGACGGCUUAUGCUAUGAAGAAAUCCCUCCUCUUGCUGCUGCUCCUGAACUCCUGCUCACCGUCGUGCUCCGGCACCGGCACCGGCUCCAGCUCCGACGACGAGCCCGACGUCCGCUGCCUCAAGAGCUUCCUGCGCUCUGUGGUUGAUCCCGGCGGCGAACUGACAUCCUCGUGGAAUUUCGACAACGCCACAAAGGGCUACAUCUGCGGCUUCACCGGCGUGACGUGCUGGUCCGCCGACCAGAACAGGGUCUUGUCUCUGCGCCUCCAAGGCCCCUUUCCCCGGGGCCUGCGGGACUGCGCGAGCAUGACCGGCCGGCGCCCUCGACCUGUCGAGCAACAGUUUCGCCGGACCGGUCCCGGCGGACAUCUCGCUGCAGCUCCCGUUCAUAACGUCCCUUAACCUCUCGUACAACGGCUUCUGGGGUCCGAUCCCGCCGGGCAUGGGGAGGAUGGAUCUCCUGAAGCUCGUUGACCUUGGGCACAACCAGCUCAGCGGCGAGAUCCCGUUGGAGCUGUUCAGGCUUCCUUAUCUGGAUUCGAUGAGUGUCGCGGGCAACUCGUUGUCCGGGCCUAUCCCGUCUUUUCUGCAGAGGUUUCCGGCGGCGUCCUUUGCCGGCAACGGCAACGACGGGCUCUGUGGCGCUCCGUUGGAUCGUCUUUGCCCCGCCUCCGCGAGGAGUGGAAAGCAAAUCAGCGGCGGGUCGAGUGUCGGGGCGGCUGUCGGGUUCGUCCUGGGCUUUGUGGUGGCCUUCUACUUCCCGCAGUGGUUCGUUUUCUCCCGGAGGCUCCACCCCUACGUCUACCGCUUUCUCUGAAGCUUCCUCGUUCAUGGAAUUCCAGGAAGCCGGAUGGGCACUUUGGACUAUGGUUUCAGCUUUUUUCAUGGCGGCAACGUAUAUAGAUUUGUCUUCAUACAUACUAUGUGAACCUUGGCACUGCGUUUCUGUCAGGCACAACCCAAGAAGCAGAGCAAUGCACAAACCGCAGCACACAAGCAUCGUUGCAGAUGGUUUAGCGACCAUGGGAAUAUAUGAUCUUGAUUCCCAUUUCUGUCGACCAUGGGAAUAUAUGAGCGAGUGGCAGAUGGUUUAGCGACUGCAUGUUCCCGCCAACGCCCAGCAUCGUUGCUGUACGCAGGAGCUGGCCCUGCAUUGAUUGAUGUAUUUUUACACUCAAGCUCACAAUGUGACACUGAGAUUAGCUCGUACAUCUAUCAUCUAUGAAUCAUUGUAACGAACAGAGCAAUGCAUCUAAACACUGUCCUGUUUCCGUCGGGAGUCCUUUAUAAUAGAUCAAGAAGCGUUAGGGCUC